UUCCCGGAAAAUAUUAAACGUUUUGUGCGGAAAAAAAUAAGCGUUUUAACCGGAUGGAGCAAAGAGGAAGUAACACCUCAUUUUACUCCCCAACAACUCCCGCUAUUACACAUUAUUAACUACUACGAAAAAAUGAUUAACGACUACGAAAACCAAUUAAUUACUCUUUGUGCUCACGAACGAAAAUCCUGGUUAAUUACUGUUUGCCACAACUAUUUUUUUACCGAGCCCACUAACCAAAAACGUUACCAAAAUAUCCAUAAUUAUUACUUGCUGUCCCCUUAUAAUAAGUCUUAUUCUGCCCCUCAUUCUUCCUGUCCUGCCCCCGAAGAUAAUCCUACCCAAUUAUUUGUUAAUGAAAAAUUAAGACAAAAAAUUACCCAACGGCGAGAAAAAAUUGCGGAAUUAGAAAAGCAAGGCGGCCAAGCCGAACAGGUUGCUAAACUCCUUUUUACCCCCCUUACUGUUUGGUGCCGCAGUUCCACUAUUUUUCCCGAAAUGAUUGGUUUUACUCUGCGAAUUCAUAAUGGUAAAACCUUUUUUAAACGGGAAAUUACCCAAGAUAUGGUUGGCUAUAAAAUUGGCGAAUUUGCUCCUACUCGAAAAAAGGGCGAACACG